AUGAAGCUCUUGUCUACGUGGGCUGUGGCCUGUUUGGCUGCUCAGGCCGCGGGUGCUGCUUUGGGUCACAAAUUGGAUAGAUUCACUAUCCGCGAGCAUCCAGAUGCUGCGAAGCGGGCUUUGUUACAGAAAUAUGUGACUUGGGAUGAGCACUCGAUGUUCAUCAAUGGCGAGAGAAUCAUGCUAUUUAGCGGAGAGUUCCAUCCGUUCAGAUUGCCUGUUUCGACGCUCUAUAUCGACGUCUUCCAGAAGGUCAAGGCCCUUGGGUUCAACUGCGUAUCCUUCUAUGUCGAUUGGGCGCUUCUUGAGGGAAAGCCGGGCGAGUACCGCGCUGAAGGCAUUUUUGACCUCGAACCAUUCUUUGACGCGGCCAAGGAAGCUGGAAUUUACCUACUGGCUCGUCCUGGGCCUUAUAUUAAUGCCGAGGUUUCUGGAGGUGGCUUCCCAGGGUGGUUGCAGCGCAUCAAUGCCACGUUACGAACUAGUGACCCGGAAUACUUGAAAGCAACUGAUAACUACAUGUCCCAUGUAUCUUCGACCAUUGCCAAGGCCCAGAUCACCAAUGGUGGACCUGUUAUCCUUUUCCAGCCAGAGAAUGAGUACACUGGUGCUUGUUGUGGAUACGAAGGCUUCCCCGAUGCCGCCUAUAUGCAGUAUGUCGAGGACCAAGCCCGCAACGCUGGUAUUGUGGUUCCUUUGAUUAGCAAUGAUGCCUCUCCCUCUGGUCACAAUGUCCCCGGCUCUGGCAAAGGAGCCGUCGAUAUCUACGGCCAUGACAGCUAUCCUCUAGGCUUUGAUUGCGCCAACCCCUCGACCUGGCCCAGCGGUGACCUUCCCACCAAUUUCCAUCAGCUUCAUUUGGAGCAGAGCCCGUCAACCCCAUAUUCAAUUGUUGAGUUCCAAGGCGGGGCCUUCGAUCCUUGGGGAGGAAGCAGUUUCGCGUCUUGCGCCGCGCUUCUGAACAACGAAUUUGAACGGGUCUUCUACAAGAAUGACUUCAGCUUCGGUGUUGCUUUUAUGAACCUAUAUAUGAUCUUCGGUGGUACUAACUGGGGUAACCUGGGUCAUCCGGGUGGAUACACAUCCUACGACUAUGGUUCGGCAAUCACUGAAUCUCGUAACAUUACCCGCGAGAAGUACAGCGAACUCAAGCUGCUUGGAAACUUUGCCAAGGUCUCGCCUUCCUAUUUGGUGGCAAGUCCCGGAAACGCGACUACAGGGACUUAUGCCAGCACUGCCGAUUUGACUGUGACGCCCUUGCUGGGUAGCAAUAGCUCGGCCCCGUCGUUCUUUGUGAUCAGGCACACUGAUUACUCCAGCCAGGAAUCCGUCAGCUACAAGCUUACACUACCUACCAGUGCCGGUAGCUUGACGAUUCCUCAGCUAGGCGGAAGCCUGACCCUCAGUGGCCGUGAUUCGAAGAUCCAUGUUGUAGAUUACGACGUGGCUGGUACUAAAAUUCUUUACUCGACCGCUGAGGUCUUCACCUGGAAGGACUUUGGAGAUGAGAAAGUCCUCGUUGUCUAUGGUGGCCCUAAUGAGCAUCAUGAGCUUGCUGUCUCCUCCAAGUCUAGUGUCUCUGUUAUCGAGGGUUCAUCUUCCAGCGUCACGUUCAAGCAGAAGGGUAGUGCUGUUGUCAUCGGCUGGGAUGUUUCAUCCACUCGUCGCAUUGUCAAGGUUGGCAACCUGAAGGUCCUUUUGCUCGAUCGUAAUUCUGCCUACAACUACUGGGUGCCUCAGGUGCCAGCCUCUGGCGCAACCCCCGGAUUUGCAUCUGAUGAGAACACUGCCUCGUCAAUCAUCGUCAAGGCCGGGUAUCUUGUACGUACUGCAUACAUGAAGGGAAGCGACCUUCACCUCACAGCUGAUUUCAACGCCACGACUUCAGUUGAGGUUAUCGGUGCUCCUUCCAAGGCCAAAAACUUGGUCAUCAACGGUAACAAGGUCUCUGUCAAGGUUGACAAGAACGGCAUCUGGUCAACUAACGUCGAGUACACCGCACCAAAGAUUAACCUUCCUUCCUUGAAGGAUCUGAAGUGGAAAUCUAUGGAUACUCUCCCGGAAAUCCAGAACUCGUAUGAUGACUCCCAUUGGACCGUGGCCAGCCACAAAUCUACCAACAACAAUAUCGGAAGUCCAUUGAAGACCCCCACGUCGUUGUAUUCGUCUGACUAUGGAUUCCACACCGGAACUCUGAUUUACCGUGGGCACUUCGUCGCCAAUGGCAAUGAGAAGACUUUCUUCCUGGAAACCCAGGGCGGCACAGCCUUUGGCAGCUCGGUGUGGAUCAACGAGACCCAUGUGGGCUCGUGGGCCGGAACCAGCGUGGCCAGCAGCUACAACGCAACGUAUACCUUGCCAAAUUUGAAAAGUGGAAAGUCCUAUGUCAUCACAGUGGUUGUUGAUAAUAUGGGCCUGGACGAAGAUUGGACCGUCGGCUCCGAUGAGAUGAAGGACCCCCGCGGUAUCCUCAACUAUGAGCUCUCUGGACAUUCCGCCAACGCGAUCACCUGGAAGUUGACCGGUAACUUGGCGGGGAGGACUACCGGGACAAGGUGCGUGGUCCUCUCAAUGAGGGUGGUCUCUACGCCGAACGUCAAGGAUUCCACCAGCCGCAACCCCCCCACCCAGAAAUGGGAAUCGAGCAGCCCACUCGACGGUCUGUCCAAGGCUGGUAUCCGCUUCUAUAGCACCAGCUUUGAUUUGAAUCUGCCCAAGGGCUGGGACGUGCCACUGUACUUCGAAUUCGCGAACACUACUUCUCCUCCCCGACCUACCGUGCCCAAUUUCCCUGAGGGUAUUCUGAACUACCAAGGUACCAACUGGCUUGCAUUGAGCCUGUGGGCCCAGGGAGAUGAAGGUGCUAAGCUGGACAGCCUGGAGUUGGUCAGUACCACUCCUGUGCUCACUGCAUUGAGUGGAAUUCAGUCGGUGGAUCAGCCCAAGUACAAGCCUCGCAGUGGCGUGUAUUAA